CCUGUUCAUCCUUACUAGAGAAAAAGCAAUUAUGGUUAGUUUUUUCCUCAUAGCCUAGGUUUAUCCCGACAAACAACUCUUUCGCGAUCCUUCUGCGGUCGCGUGCGAUCGUCCGAAGGUACAGGCUUCUUCUGUGAACGGCGAAUAACGUUUUUUGACCUGUUCAAAUCAUGUUUACUUGUUGCUUAGGACAACUUAUUUACCGAAGUACAACUAGCAUUCUCUCAUUCCAUUGAUCAAUGAUCAGAAAUCUGCCCCUUUCAUUCCAUUGAAUUUGAACAUUGAUCAGUGUUGAUUAGAACUUACCUCCUAGUGCUAAAUGUUCAGCUCCUUCCGAUCAAUGUUGACAUCUCCUACUUGUACUAAAUCUUUAAUGGUGUUGAUGCUCAUUUGGGUUUUACUACUACUCCAUCUACUUCUGAGUCGUUCUAUUAAAUCUUCAACGUUCAUCAUCUACUUCUUGGAUAAUCUCCGUCUAUCCUUCUCGUAACAAUAAUCAUCUACUUCUGAUCCUUCUUCUCACAAGAGCAAAAAAGAUGUGGCGGCUAGGAACAGUGUUCUUGUCGAUCGGGUCAGUUGCCUCGCUGUCUCUGAGACGAGCACAGCCUUCACAGAAGUUAAGGCUUGCUCCCCAAUGACAAUAAGAAACUCAUCUCUUCUCUUGACAACUGUAUCUUUGAGUUUGACAUGUUUUCAAGGCAAAUAGAUAUGUUGUAGUUUCAGGGAGGGACUAGCAAAGUUAAGUAAAGAGGUUAUAUAAAAGAUGCGUUUGAACAGGGAGAUUGUGGGUAUUAUAAGGUCUAAAACAGACGACCUCUGCCAGCUCUUCCGAAACGCAGUCGUCUCGACAACUGGAGCUGUACCGAAAGCAACAAAAGGUGUAUUGGAAGAUCAGGAAUGGCUGUCUCGACCUCUACAUGCCAAGUGCCAGUCCAGAGGUGAAAACGGGCUUGGCAAGACGUGUACUGGCAACGUUGGAUCACAGGAGUACGUCCUCUACACCUGCGAGGCCAUCAUCUUGGGGGACCACCUACGACAACUCGGUUCGGUCUAAGGUCGCGAACAUUUUUUUCCGCAGUGGGCAAGAAUUUCUGAGCCCUGAAGACGUGGCGGAGUCCUGCUUAGCUUUUACGUGCACCACUCGUCUGGUCGCGCCGUGGUUGAGUGAUAGUAACAAAGGUGCAGACAUUGAUGAUAUCCUGAUGAGCCUCACCACGGACAGUAUCGAACGCCAGGUGCGAUGGAGACGGGAGGAGUGGAGAAUUCGACAGGAAAUGAAAGCAGAAUGUGAGCGGGAAGAACGGGAGCGUGAGCAGCUAGAACGGAAGCGUGAGGAGCAGCGACUGGAGGACAGGAAAGUGGGGGGCUUUCACGCGAAAAUAGCAAAAAAAUGGGAAGGGAGCUCUUCCGACGGCAUGAUCCGACUGGUAGCGAGAAUGAUGAAUAGCGGGAAAGAUGAAAAUGAAACGAAGAAAACGGACGACGGUACUGAUCUUGUAGACUCUUUGCCGUUGCGCAUCAGACCUUGAAAGUCCUCCCCUCGAACCGUAAAUCUUUUAUCAUGAGAAGCGGAAAUUCGGAGACGCUGGACUUCUUCUGAUUCCUCACAAGUGAGGUACUAGGGUGGCGUCGUGGUUAUCGGAUUUGGAAAUUUCGGUCACCGCGUGCUCGUCGUCAACUCAAUGCACAAACAUUCACUUACAAUUGGAAUUAUGGACUAUAACUCAGAGAUGAUAGAUCAUAAUACAUGAUCCCCCUGACGACGGCUCUGUAUGUCGUUAGGGAUGAGAUGACGACGAUCAUGAAUGAUGGGCAGCGGCAUACCGAACUCCAAUAAGGUCGCAGCUCGGUGCUGUUCUCGCAUACUCAUAAAUGUAUAAAUCUAUAUAACACAGCGCAACAAGUGUAUUAACUUGUUCUACGUAGUCUGUCAUUGUCUAUAUAUUUUUCUCUGAAGAAGUUAAUCUUCUAUCCCCUCAGCAUGUAUAUUUAAUCAGAGGUUACUGCCCUUAAUACGCCACGAGCAGUCGCAAGCAUGUUGUGAUGAAAGCACGACUUCGUUUUUGUGAAAAAACUGAUAAAAAACCUACACCUUAAGCACCUUAGGGAAGCUAGUACAAAAAACAAGUUCACGACAUUAUGACGAAUGGACAUACUUCUUUCGUCUAGUAAAACCAACUAUAUUUAUUUAUUAAUUAUGCAAGAGUUGACGCAUUUAAAUCAACCAUCAACAUAAAUGGACUUCCGCUUUCCACUUCCAGCCUGUGGUACUAAA